AAAAGAAAAGGGUGAAAAGAACAAAGUUUUGUCCAUCUUUGUUCAUCAUAGCUGAAAGUUAGAGAAGAGAAAGGAGAGGAGAAAACUCUUGAGUAUUUGGUCAUUAGGAGGAGGAAAAUUGAAGGUGGUUCGUGUGUGGAUCUCAUCAACAUAUCGUCGCAAACAGAUAAAUCGAUAUGAGUACGAGAGCUACUCGGGGAAGAGGCCAUGGUCGAGGCCGUGGUCGAGGCCGAGGUAGUACUCAAGCCGGAUCUUCGUCUUCUGAACACAUACCCGCUGAAGUAGUACGACCACCACCGGUGGAUGAGAAUGGGCCGUAUGAUAGGGCCGCGGGGGAUGACGCUCUGUCCCAGGCCAUGUUAAGAGUUUUGGAAAGGGUGGCUGGAGCUAAUAUCGGGCCCAUGAAUAGGGGGUCCAUUUCUGAGCGACUCCGGGCCAACGGAGCGGAAGUUUUUAGGGGUGUAUCUGGAGUAGCCCCAAAUGUGGCUGAAUACUGGCUGGAAGCCACGGAGCGGAUUAUGGAUGACUUGGACUGCUCAGUAGAGCAAAAGUUAAAAGGAGCAGUAUCCUUACCACGGGAUGAGGCGUAUCAGUGGUGGAUCACUGUGAGAGAGGGUACCCCAGCUGAGAGGGUAACCUGGGAGUUGUUUAAGCAAUCCUUCAAGGCGAAGUAUGUCGGAGCUAGCUAUGUGGAUGCGCGAAGGAAGGAAUUCCUGAACCUGACCUAGGGUGGUAAGACCGUUGCUGAAUAUAAUGCAGAGUUUCUGCGAUUAAGCCGGUAUGCUAAUGGUAUUGUCUCUACCGAAUACGAGCGCAGUGUUUGCUUUGAGGAUGGCCUCAGGGAUGAGCUAAGGGUGCUCAUAGCUCCGCAAAGAGAGCGCGAUUUUGCUGCACUGGUAGAAAAGGCUAAGAUAGCUGAAGAGGUGAAGCAAGCUGAACGAAGGAACUGUGACAGGAUCAAAUCGAUUCAGAGAGAUGUUGGACCAACUGGUGCCGCAAACCGGAAUGUUAAGAGAGCUAGGAUGGAAGAACCAUUCGGCGGUUCCGUGAAUAUCUUGUUAGACCACAAGCUUGUGGAGAUUGUGGUAGAAUGCAUCUGGGGGAAUGUUGGAAACGUUCUGGGGCUUGUCUUCGUUGUGGAUCAAAGGAACAUAAGAUCAGGGAUUGUCCUAAGAGGCCAGCUCAGGCUCAAGUGGUUGAACAAAGGGCUGUGCAACCCGUGCAAACAGCGUGAGGUGGACCAUCGCCGUCGAGAGGUCAUAGCCGAGGUCGCGGUGGCAAUGGCCAUAGACGUGGGGCACCUGGCAAGGGUACUAUUAACACUGAGGCUCGUCAGCCAGCUUUGGUAUAUGCUGCUCGUCGCCGCGAGGAGGGUGACGCACCUGACGUCAUAACUG